AUGUCAAUGAAUAGGAAAAAAAUUAAUUAUAACACUGAACUUAUAUACCAAUCUUCUCUACGUGUUAAUAACAAUGGUGUUACAACUAAAAACACGUUGGCCGAUAGCUAUCCCAAUAUAGAUGUGUCGGUAAUUGCGCCAAUUUUAGAAAGCUUUCAGGCUUGGUUAUUAAAAAUACCAGAUAAUAUAUUGAAAAAUAAUACAGAACACAAUUCUACGUUUAAUGCUAUUGAUGAAAAACUAGCCAAGAUCAAAAAGGCUAGAAGUAUUAUAUCAUUAUAUAAAUUAGUUGAAUAUCCUCAGUUAUUGGAAUUCUUGAUUGACAAGUAUUUAUUAAAAGAAAAAACUGCCUCUACAUUUAAUAUCACCAUUAACAACAGGCUAGAACAAACUUGGAGCAAUAUUUAUGGAAAACUAAUGAGGUUUAUUAGCUCAAAUAAGUUGCUCAAACAUAGUGUCAAAAGCACAUUGAUUGAAAAACUAAAAUUUGGUUUCCAUGGAAGCUACUGCGCUUGCGAUUUACAAGAGAACAACGGCCCCAUUUUGUAUUUGUAUAGAGAGAAGCUGAAACACCUUCGACAGCUAAUAGAGCUAGAUAGUGACAAUCAUGAUACUAAUUCCAGUAGUUAUCAAAAAAAAAGACAAAUGCUAACAUUUACAUUGAACAAAAUAUACAUUUUACAAUUAGAAUUUUUGGCAUUUUUUUUAAGUCCUCUUUUUUAUAAAUUUGUGCCCGAAUUUAAGGCUCAGUUUUUAUUAUUGAACCGGGUGGAUAAAAACCGUUUGUAUAAGAUGUGUAACAAUUUUGAGUUGAACAACGUUAAGGUUGGUAGUGAAGAUAACAUUUAUUGGAAAAUUUAUGAGUUAAAGUGGAAUGUUUUCUAUAUACAGAAAAUCCAUAUCGAAACAGUGCAUGCUUGGCAAUUGAAAUACAAUAACUUAGAACAAGAAUUUAAAAACUAUAAAGAAAAAUAUAAAAUGGAUACAAUUGGAACUGUUGGGGAAGUGCAGAAAUAUGUAAAUGAUGAAAACAAAGAAGAAGGACAACCAAAAGAGACACAUUGCAAUGAUAUUUUUUUUGAUGAUGUAAACUGUAGUUGCAAUAGCAGUAUGAUUAGUAGGGAAGAUAUCAACAAUUUAAACUAUGAAUUCACGAAUAUUGAACUUUUAAACCAUAACGAACAAAAAUUCGAAGCUCAAAAGUUAACAGAGGUUAGUAACGUGCCAUUGAUAAAAGAUCCAUUUCAACCUCACGUUGGAAGUUUUUUGUCAUUAACACCUAAUUAUGUCUAUGAUUCAUUUGUUACUAAUGAAGACGAUCCUAGAAACCAUAGUUAUAUAUACCCUCCUCUGGAUAUGAAUACUUGUGAUCGUAAUUUUCCCUUUACUGUUGCUAAUAAUUAUUUGAAUACUUUAGGAACUAUUCCUGAGAUACGCUACGAUAGUACUGAUGCUGAAACUUCAGUUACUGACUUAAAAAAUGUGAUACAGGGGUUAAAAUGGGAAAUUAAUUGGCUAACGAGUUUAAUGAAUAACAGGUGUUAA